UCCAGCAAUGGGGCUGGUAAUGGAAACAUGGGUAUCGCACCACGAGCGAGUCCUGAAGUUUCCGAGGCUGAAAUGUCAAGCAAUUCGUACAAUCGGCCGGGAUUAUAUCGUGCAGCUUCAGUUUCCUGUAACGGCAGCGACAAUAUCAUUUCAAAUGCUACCGACACGAAUAACGCGUUGCUGAGCCCACCGUGUACUCACUACCGACGAAGGAGCAGCGUUAUGUUCAGCGACGUGGUUUUGCUACACGGUAGCAAUAGCGUUGGGAACACGAUGCAAUCUGGUCCCACGGUCGCUCCUACUGAGCGUAACGUUUGUUCGAGUGAAAAAAUGACGCAAACCGGUGACGGCAAUGUUUGGUCUAGCCCGCUGUCCGACCAUACACAGAUGCAACUUGACUUGGGUACGAAUGAAGCAAUGACGUGUCAAGAAUUACUGGCACUCAGUGGAGCACUCAGCGCUGCCUUGCCAACCGGUCAAUUGGCAUUAGAUUCUUUUUUAAAUUCCCUUACCAAAGGUAUUACAGAACGACAUAUUAUUUUGGAGGAUCGUUCACAAUGGUUGUCUUCCGAUUUGGAAAAUUGUUCUUGUUGCUGCGACGCCCAAAGUGGUCUCGAUCAGUGGCCGGAUAACGGUGAAAGAUGGCGAAAAUCCUCGAGAACACGUAGAUUCUUCAGAACUAUCGGAAAUCGUUGCAUCUGCGGAUUACGUUGCAUAAGACGUUGGAUCAAGAAACUCGUAGAACACAAGUAUUUUCAACAGGGUAUACUAUUGGCAAUUCUCAUAAAUACAUUGAGCAUGGGUAUCGAGUAUCACAAUCAGCCGGAGCAAUUGACCGUGCUCGUCGAGAUAAGCAACAUCGUUUUCUCUGCCAUCUUUGCCGUUGAGAUGCUACUUAAGGUAAUAGCUGAGGGUCCGUUUGGCUACAUCAGCAACGGUUUCAACGUUUUCGACGGCAUCGUUGUGAUCCUUAGCAUCAUUGAGCUAUUCCAAUCGUUCGUGGAGGAACGUGGCGGAAGUUCCGGUUUGAGCGUCCUUAGAACCUUCCGUUUGCUGAGGAUAUUGAAGUUGGUCCGUUUCCUGCCAAACUUGAGACGUCAACUUUUCGUCAUGCUACGUACCAUGGAUAACGUUGCCGUAUUCUUUUCCCUUUUAGUACUAUUCAUCUUUAUAUUCAGCAUCCUAGGAAUGUACCUGUUCGGGGGUAAGUUUUGCAUGUGGGCGGACCGGAGUCGGCCCUGCACCUGUGCCGAGGUGGUCUCACGGCACCCGAUGUGUCGCUGUGAUCGCAAACAUUUCAACGACAUCGUCUGGGCCCUUGUCACGGUCUUUCAGAUAUUAACGCAAGAAGAUUGGAACGUGGUACUUUUCAAUGGUAUGCAGAAAACAUCUCAUUGGGCUGCCCUGUACUUCGUAGCACUGAUGACAUUUGGAAAUUACGUACUGUUCAAUCUUCUAGUCGCCAUUCUAGUGGAAGGUUUCUCAUCCGAGAGAAACGAAAGGAGAGAACGAGAACAAAGAGAGAUGGCAAAAUUGGCAGCAAAAGAAGCAGGAAUGGGUAGCGAGGAAGGAUCAUCAAGGGUUUCGAGAUCACAUUCGAUUACCGACAGUGACACGUAUACACAGGAAAGAAAAAAUUCUUGGCAAAGUGCCGAAGAACUUAGGAAAUACAAGGACAACAGUUGUAGGGAAAAACAGAACAGCAGUUGGAGGCAACGUAUAGACGAGCCUAAGUGUAAUAUUCAAAAGGAAAAUAAAAUGAUGAGUGGCGUUGGUCAACCACCGAUAAUAACACAUACAGCGGCCACUCCUCAAGACUCACCAAACACAACACUCGACGUUGGUUACAGAGACCUUAAUUAUCGUGCGGUUUUUCCACCGGCUGCCACCCUUUCCUUUGAGUCGAUAGACCGGACCGGUAGUCAAUGUAGUAUACCAUCAGGAUUAUUAAAGUUACCAGACAAUGGUGGUAGCAAGUUUUCAACGAACAAUUUUAUGGCCGGACAAUUUCCCAGACGAAUAAGCCUAGUAACCGCGGUGGUAAAUCCUUCCUCGAGAGAAUUCUCAAGCUCCAGUCCACCGAGAAUACAUAGAGGAUACUCCUGGCGUUUGUCUCGGCCAUCUUUGCGAAGAAAACGUUGGUCCCAAAGCGACGAGGAACAAGCCAGUCGAACGAUCGUUUUGAACAAUGGCAGAAGUGCCUUUGGCGGUUCCAAUUACACCUUCAACGGUGGUUAUUUGCAUGGCUCGAUAAGAAACGACACGCAAUGCGACGCGCCCAAUAAUCGAACGACCGUCCUAACGAGCAAUAAUCGCAGCCUCAGCCCUAACAAUUCCAUCGAAAGCCGCGAUUCAUCGAUGCGCCGUUAUACGGCCACGCCUAAUCAGAUGCGAUGGAUCGGGGAACUCUCACGAAGAAAUUCUUUAAGGGGAUACGAAAACGUUCAUGGUACGGGUAGAAAGAGCAUGGUGUCGGAUGAUAUGCCGGCACCAUGCUCGACGCCUCGUACGAUAAAUAAUUUGUCGAUGGAAACCGGAACACUGCCGAGAAUAAAGCCUCUUCCUGAUCAGGAUGACGAUCAUUCGCGUACCGACGAUCAAACACCUCCUUCAAAUGGCCACGGUAGUGCCAGCAGCGUUGAAAGAAUCAAAAAAAUUUUUAUGUUCUUCGAACCUAAGGGUUGUCUCAAAGAACGUGACGAUUAUGCGCUUUAUAUAUUUUCGCCUAACAACAGAUUUCGUGCAUUCUGCCGUUGGUUCGUCGAACAAAAAUGGUUCGAUAACGCGGUAUUAUUCUUUAUUGGUUUGAACUGCAUCACUUUGGCGAUGGAAAGACCAAAUAUACCUUCGCACAGUCGUGAGAGAUUAUUCCUCUUGACUGCCAAUUAUAUCUUCACAGCUGUAUUUGCCGUAGAAAUGUUUAUCAAGGUCGUAGCAACGGGGAUGCUUUAUGGUUCGGACGCUUAUUUCACGUCAGGCUGGAAUAUCAUGGAUGGAUCCUUAGUUAUAAUAUCUAUCGUCGAUUUAAUGAUGUCAUUAAUUUCUUCCAGUAGUCCAAGAAUAUUUGGUAUCUUGAGGGUUUUUCGUUUGUUGAGAUCGUUGAGGCCAUUGCGAGUAAUCAAUCGCGCUCCUGGAUUAAAGUUGGUCGUCCAAACUUUAUUGUCGUCUUUACGACCAAUCGGCAAUAUUGUUCUGAUAUGUUGUACCUUUUUUGUGAUAUUCGGAAUUUUGGGUGUUCAACUGUUCAAGGGUGCGUUUUUUUAUUGCGACGGUCCCGAUAUCAAAAAUGUUCGCAAUAAAACGGAUUGUCUUGCGGAUAAGCGUAACGUAUGGCUCAACAGGAAAUAUAAUUUUGAUGAUCUCGGUAAGGCGCUUAUGUCUUUGUUCGUUUUGUCAUCCCGAGAUGGUUGGGUCAACAUCAUGUAUACCGGAUUGGAUGCGGUUGGUGUGGAUCAACAGCCGAUCGAGAAUUAUUCGGAAUGGCGUUUAUUAUAUUUUAUUGCAUUCAUCCUUCUGGUUGGAUUCUUCGUUUUGAACAUGUUCGUUGGUGUCGUCGUUGAAAACUUUCAUAGAUGUCGAGAGGAACAAGAAAAAGAGGAACGUGUUAGAAGGGCGAUGAAAAGGGCUCAACAAAUGGAAAAGAAACGACGAAAAAUGCACGAGCCACCAUAUUACACGAAUUAUUCGAAAACACGACUAUUCAUUCACAAUGUCGUAACAUCGAAAUAUUUCGAUUUGGCAAUAGCAGCUGUAAUUGGUUUGAACGUUGUAACGAUGGCAAUGGAAUUUUACAUGAUGCCAAAAGCUCUAACUUACGCCCUUAAAAUAUUUAAUUACUUUUUCACCGCCGUAUUCAUCCUGGAAUCGCUCAUGAAAUUGUUGGCCCUUGGUAUACAUCUUUAUUUGAAGGACAAAUGGAACCAAUUGGACGUAGGGAUCGUUAUAUUAUCAGUAGUCGGCAUCGUUUUGGAAGAAGUCGAGUCAAAGAUUAUACCCAUCAAUCCAACCAUCAUUCGCGUUAUGCGAGUACUUCGUAUAGCCAGAGUUUUGAAACUGUUAAAAAUGGCCAAAGGUAUACGCGCCCUCUUGGACACGGUAAUGCAGGCGUUACCGCAAGUUGGCAACUUGGGUUUGCUAUUUUUCUUACUGUUCUUUAUAUUCGCGGCCCUUGGAGUAGAACUGUUUGGUCGAUUAGAAUGCAGUGACGAAACACCUUGUCAAGGACUCGGUGAACACGCACACUUCAGUAAUUUUGGUAUGGCCUUCCUUACUCUCUUUCGAGUAGCAACAGGUGAUAAUUGGAAUGGAAUAAUGAAGGAUACGCUUAGAGACGAUUGCGAUGAAUCUACCGAUUGCGUGAAAAAUUGCUGCGUAAGCACUAUCAUAGCGCCUAUAUUUUUCGUCAUUUUUGUACUAAUGGCGCAAUUCGUUCUCGUCAAUGUGGUAGUCGCGGUUUUGAUGAAACACCUAGAAGAGAGUCAUAAACAGAUGGAAGAUGAAUUGGAUAUGGAAAAUCAAUUGGAAAGAGAAUUGGCUGCGGAACGAGAGGAACUUCUUGAGGUUGAGGAAGAAGAAGAAGAGGGUGGUGGUAUGCUUGAAAGACGAAUCGUUGGGGAUGAAGUUGACGAGGAUGAUGAAAGAGAAUUCGAUUCGAUAAUAGGAACCAGAGAGAAGAUAAUUGUUAGACCUGGUCUUGCCAAGGUUCGUUCCUUGCCGGCCAAUUUUAUUUAUAAUCCACCAAAGGAAAGAAGUUUCGAUGAUACUUCGGUAACAAUAAAUGUGAAAGAAAGACGUCGUAGUUCAUGUUUCCGCUCGUUUCCAAGACCGUCCAAGUUUAAAUCGAAGCGCCGUCAGACCUUCCAUUCGAGUAAUCAACGAAGGUCCUUGUUACCAAUGCACUUCGAGGUCACCGAGGUCUUUGAAAAACCAGUAUGCAAUUUGAGCGUACCGCGAAUCAUUCCUCAUCGUAUUUACGAGAUGGAAAGUCAGGAAGUUAUACCUCAGGAGAGUCAAUAUCUGCGAGUAACGAGCAAUAACAAAGAGAACAAGUCGUUCCUAUGCGUAAGCAGACCAAUGGCAAGUUCCUCACCAGUUACACCAAGUGGUUCAACGUCAACCCUAACCACCGGUUUGAGAUAUCAAAACGAACGUUAUUUGUUACCGACAGCCGAGAUUUAUCCAUCCAAGGCAAGUUUCGCACAUAAAAUCUCGACCGAUAGUCAGUCGCAAUCAGAGAUAAGUGGUCCUAGUGUUGCUACAGGAAGUAGUACGAGAACUGGAAGCAAUGCUAGCGAGUAUACUAAGAGUAUUCGAACGAAAAAGAUUGAAGGAACUAACAAUGGUGAAAAUAAUGGAAGAUUGUCGAAGGAUAAUAAAGAAAAGCAACAACAACAACGGGUGAGUCAAACGGAAGAAGAGGAUCUCGACGUGCAAUCGGUGAUUAACGAAAGAAGGCCGUCCAGGCUUAAAAGUGCAACUUCAUCCGGUACGUCAACUACCGGUACGAGUGACCAGUGUGCACAAAUCGUUAGGGUCGAAAGUUUUGCUCACAUUUAUGCGGCCGAGGAAUUACUGGACGAGUUGCCGGACGAAAGUUCGGCGUUUGAAAAUGUCAGCGAAAGUGGUACAACAAGCGGAAGUAUCAACGAGAGUGGUACUAUGAGUGGUAGUGAUGUUAGUCGUAGUAUUAGCGGCCUCGUACAGGUGGUCGAGUGUACUACUUGUCCUGCUAUGAGUACGGACGUUAGAAUAUAUGUCGAUGACACCGAUUCAAUCAGCAGCAGCGGACAUUUUGGAAGAACUUUUGCUGAGGAUGAUGAUGACAAUGACGAUGAUGACGACGAGACACCUGAUAUCACUAUGUCGAUUUCAGUGCCGGUCGAUGAACAAGUAGAAAAUGAUAACGUUGAAAAUAUAAAAAAUGAUACACCACCAUUGGCUGGACCUUCCGAUCCCUCUUAAUAACUAACAUUGCUGCCGUGAUUUUAUUCACGACUAGGAUGAAGUAUUUAGUAUAAUCGACGGCGUCUAUAAUGAUGGGCUCUAUAAGAAAGACUGUAGUGCAUGACAAUAUAGUCGUUAUAUUCUAGUCACUUUGCCGCCGUUUUAACAUGCCAAAGAAAAACAAAAGAAUAUAGAAGAGGGCGGGGGUGGGGAAUAAAGGGGGACAAUAUGGGUACGAAAUAAAAUAAGAGGGAUUAUCGAAUCUCUUAUUUAAAUGAGUUUUAGAAAAAAAAAUAAAUAUUCAUCGUUCAAGUGUGGUGACCAGUAGAGAAUAAUAUAUUAGAAGAAAGAGAAAAAAGAUGUUAUAUUUUCAUCUCAAUCUCGUAAUAAUCUCGAUUUGAGUUAUCGAACUCGUAUUAUUAUCCGAGGCUAAGAAUAAUACUAAAAGGGUGAGGUGGUUAGUAGUCGCUGUAUUUUUGGGACUGUUCGAUCAACUUUUCGAUCAAUUAUUUUCUCUCUUAAUCUUUUAUAUUCGAUUCCUUGUCUCGUAGUUUUAUUAUAUUUAACAAAAUUAUUCUUUUAUUGUAAAAAUCGUGAGCCAUCAUUAUCAUCGUUUAAUACUUUUUUACGUAUGAGAUAAUUUACUUUCCCCUUUGAAAAUUUUUGGACAUGUUUUAUCUAUUAUCUCUCUCUUACACACACAAACACACGUUAGAAUGAAACAUUCAAAGGAAUCGAACGAAAAGUUGAUUGAUCAGGUCGAAUUGAAAUCGGCAACUCUAACUUUCUUUUCCUAAGUACUAUGAUAUCUCGUUUAAACAAAAUUUCCACACGCAGAAAAAAACUUACACAGUAAAAAAAAAAGGAUGAGGGGUGACAUACACAACACGUAUAACGCACUGAAAACUUAUGACAAUCUCUUAUUGCCAGCGGUAUCGAAACUCGGUUCCCGCUAAUGAAGCGUCAUGGAAGUCAUAUUCGUAGGAAUUGGUAGGUCAAGAAAAAUAAAAAAAAGAAGAAGAAAAAGGUGAUUCUUAAGAUGAAGAAAAAGAAGAAGUAGAAGAAAAA